GCAAGUCACUCUCCUCUCACAAUCUCACAAUGUCGAAGCGUGGACGUGGUGGCACCUCGGGCAACAAGUUCCGCAUCUCCCUCGGUCUCCCGGUGGGCGCUGUCCUCAACUGCGCCGACAACACGGGUGCCAAGAACCUGUACAUCAUUGCCGUCAAGGGCAUCCGUGGCCGCCUCAACCGGCUCCCGGCUGCUGGCCUCGGCGACAUGAUCAUGGCCACCGUGAAGAAGGGCAAGCCGCAGCUCCGUAAGAAGGUGUGGACUGCUGUUGUUGUGCGCCAGCGCAAGUCGUGGCGUCGCAAGGACGGCGUCUACCUCUACUUUGAGGACAACGCUGGCGUCAUCGUCAACCCCAAGGGUGAGAUGAAGGGUUCGGCUGUCACUGGCCCGAUCGGCAAGGAGUGCGCCGACCUCUGGCCCAAGAUUGCCGGUGCCUCGUCCACCAUCAUCUGAUCGAUGGCAUAAAGACAAGCAACAACAACA